GAAGGUCACUUUGGAGUCGAUCAAAGGUCGUCAAUAAAUUACAGGGUCAAGGAAAAUCCGAAAAAUUAAAGAAUUUGUUGUAAGAUAUAUUAUCUAAGUUUUCGAUUUGUCAGGUUCUUUGAUAUACAUGGUAGUUCUACACACUUGUCUUUGGCUUACAACGUUUAAACCUGCAAGGCAAAACGUUAUAGAACAUAUGUCGCUUUAGUUGGAAAAUGCAUAGAUAUUUAUCUACUGCUACCCGAAGCAGUGGUGUCCGCACCUUCAAUUGACUCUUUCAAGAGAAGACUGGGCACUCACAAAAGCAUACUAGAAAAGGAAUAACAUGGGCCGUAGGCCUUCUGUCCUUACUACACAAAUCUGAAUCUGAGCUCCUACGGAACUAAAGUAGUCGUCGGGCUUAGUUUUGAAAGAUGGUAUAAGUCCCCACUACUAUCACGUCCAAAAGUGGUUCAGUAGCUUACUGAUUAAAACCACGAAAAAGUAUGCACAAAGUUUUGCGGGAACGUCCGUGUUAUAUCACAUAUUGAUGUUCUUGUUUGCGUAGUUUUGCACCAAAAUGUAUAAGUUACUUUAGUGAAGAGGAUUAUGAAGACUACGAUUCAUCCUGAUGAUAUUCUCCUAAUAUUUAUGCACCGUACAGGGCGAAAAUUCAAAGCCUUCAAGGGACUGAGCAGGAUUUAUUAUUUUAGUGUGAGUCAUUGUGUGUUGCUCUAUUUUACAUGUUUCAAGAGAGCUACAUACUUCUUAAGAGACAUAAUGCAGUUUUUCCCCAGGUAAAGUUUUGAGUAAACAUUGAAAGCAGUUUUGAAUAAUUCUGGAGUCAACUAAUUCAAGUUUUCGAAAGAAACCUCAGGACGGUAUACUUUAUUGUGUCCAGGACAGUAAUAGAUACUUAGGGUAUUACAUUAAGUAAUAUGCAGAUCGGUUGUUGUGCUUAUGAAGGUAAUACUUAAAUCACCCAGAAACUACGACCUGCAUGCACCACUGUUAUUCACCAUUAGCAUCCUGCGUUUUCAGUUAUUGAGAGUAGCUUUCUAGUGACCCAGUCGUAUAACCAACUGUUUGUGGAAAUUUGAGUUGUCAGAAGUAUCUCAUCCAUUUCUCAGUCAGUCAGUUCAUUUUUAAAUCCCAAGACCAUCUGGUAUAGCAGAAUCUGGGAAUCUGGAUUACAAAGUAGGUCGUUAAUGGAUAGUACGAAAAAGAGAAUUCCAAAGACCGAGUCUUGUGGUACUCCUAUUGUUUCUGUCAACCGCUCAGACAAAGCAGAAUGAACUCUAACGCGUUUCGAUCCCUCUUUUAUGUAGUAUAAAAGCCACUUCUCUAGAUAAACCAAUAUAAUUAAUAUAGUUUUUCCCCCUAUAUUCUUAAGUUACUGAGUUGUCGCAAUACUUCUGUCAUUUUUUUUCCGUACUAUUUCCUUACACUCACUGUUUUACUUCGUUUCCCACUAUCUAUCAGUAUGAGAGAAAAUCUCCACAUAAAUUCAGUUAUUUGAUGAACACGCCUACAAACUCGAUCAAUCUGACUUCAUUGUUGCAUAAUGUCUUCUUUUCAAUAUGAUGAAUUCAACUGCAAGCUGAUCGCUUUUACUGACGUGAAAACUGCUAGGCAAAAUACAAAACGAGAAAACCCUCAAUUCAAUCUAUCUCCCAUGCUUUCAACUGAAUCUUCACUAUAUGAAAGGUUAUAGUUGUAAUGAAUAAGAGUACACAAAACCGACCUUUACUUGUCUUUUGCCAUUGUUCACCUCUUAGCCGUUGCCCAUAUUCCAGGUCUGUUUGUGUAUCGUCAACAGGAUGUUUUCAUUCAUUGCAUUUGGAUUUAUCACUAACAUAUGUGGAUGAUGAGUCGUAUGGGUGUUUUUCAAAUAAUACAAAUCAGGUUGACUUACUCUGCCGAAAUUCAAAAGUUGGUAGACAAUUAUUAUAUUGUUGUUCUCCAGAUGAUGGGGAUUUAUGCAAUCGGAACUCGAGUUUGCUAGAAUUAAUCAGUCCUAUGCGAAUGAAUGCUCAUGCCUUUACAUGGAAAUCUAUUUUAACAGCAGUGUUGUUCCCUACCUUUGCACUGUUUUGUGGGCUUCUAGCGAUCAUGCUUCUUUGGAAGUGCUUUUUAAAAAAACGAAUAGAAAACUACGAUCGCUAUGUCAAUGAACUUAACUACAAACGUCCCAGCUUCACUACAGAUGUCUACAAUUAUCUAGUAAAACUCAAUGAAGAACAGUUUUCGAAUCGUAAGUUAUCAUCUUAUGUCUCACCCGGAAUGGGAAAUAAUCUUUCUUCAAAAAAUUUGCAUAAUCCUGAUCCUUCGUGUGAACUUAUUAGCUGCACUAGUGGAAGUGGGAGCGGUCUUCCGUUCCUUGUUCAGAGAACUGUAGCACGUCAUAUUAGAUUGACAAUGUGUAUAGGGAAAGGACGAUUUGGUGAAGUUUGGAAAGCUACAUGUCAAGGUGAAACCGUUGCUGUUAAGAUUUUUUCUAGUCGUGAUGAAGCCAGCUGGGCUCGUGAAACAGAAGUUUACAACACUGGUUUAUUGCGUCAUCCUAAUCUCCUGGCGUAUUAUGCUAGCGACAUGAUAUCAAGAGGUGGAUGCACUCAGCUCUGGUUAAUUACAGCUUAUCACGCUAACGGAUCUUUACAUGACUUCAUCAGUCACAGAUCAUUAAAACUACAGGAUGGUUUGCGUCUGGCCAGCUCCAUUGCAGCAGGCUUGGCGUUUUUGCAUACAGAAAUAAAAGGAUUACAUGCUAAACCUUCUAUUGCACACCGUGAUCUCAAAUCUAAGAAUGUUCUUGUUAUGAGUGAUAUGACUGCAUGUAUAGCUGACUUGGGUCUUGCCCUUGUGAAUUUACAAAGUCUCCCAGUCGGACAAGCCUUCCUCAAUUUAUCUUCCUCAAUGCUAUCUAGUGGUGUUAUGUCUAGCGGUAUAACUCAGUCAGACAGAUUGUGCAGUGGACUUUCUGGUCCUUCUUCUUUAGGUCCUCCUCCUGCCGGACCUAGGGUUGGUACUAAACGUUACAUGGCACCUGAGUUACUUAUGGCGAUUGAUAUAACACACACAUCAUCUAACUGCGGCAACAAUACGUCAUGUAUAACUAAUGAAAGUAUUGAUAGUCCAAACAGAAGUCACCAUUUGCCAUUUGAAGUUUACCAAGCUGCAGAUAUUUAUGCGAUGGCCCUAGUGUUUUGGGAAUUAGCACGAUGCACUCAGGGAAUAACAUCUGAUUUUGUUGAAGGAUAUCAGAUACCAUUCUACGACAUGGUCCCUCCUGAUCCAACUUUUUCACAGAUGAGGGAUAUUGUUUGUGGCAAUAGUUUGACCAUAAGUGAUGAUCAAACAAACCAAUUGAACAGGAAUAGCUCAAGUAUAAACACUAAAUCCCCCAAGACAAGUCCAGAUUACGACAAUGUUCAUUGUAGGCCUCGCAUCUACCAGCGUUGGUUAGAUGACACCUAUCUAUCCUGCUAUGCACAGGUGAUACAAGAAUGUUGGCAUGAUGAUUGGUCUGUACGCCUUUCUGCUCUUCGUGUUCGUAAACGUCUGGGACAGAUCGAAGAUGCAGUUAGGCAAUCAUUGAUCAGAAAAAGAGGAGAGAACAUUCCUUCUAAUGUAAAUGAGUUAUCAGUACUCCUGACCGAAGACCCAGAAACUUUGGCUUGAUUUUCACAUUUUCUGAUAUAUCGAAGCUUAUCUUUGAAAUUUGCAUUUAAUUUUAGUGUUGUAACUUCCUAAAUAUUUUCACUUAAUAGGUAAUUUAAUGAUUC